AUGGGUGUUUAUGGGCAGGAGUCUGGAGGAUUUUCCGGACCAGGAGAGAACCGGAGCAUGAGUGGCCCUGAUAACCGGGGCAGGGGAAGAGGGGGAUUUGAUCGUGGAGGCAUGAGCAGAGGUGGGCGGGGAGGAGGACGCGGUGGAAUGGGCAGCGCUGGAGAGCGAGGUGGCUUCAAUAAGCCUGGUGGACCCAUGGAUGAAGGACCAGAUCUUGAUUUAGGCCCACCUGUAGAUCCAGACGAAGACUCUGACAACAGUGCAAUUUACGUGCAAGGACUCAAUGACAGUGUGACUCUCGAUGAUCUGGUAGACUUCUUUAAGCAGUGUGGAGUUGUUAAGAUGAACAAGAGGACUGGACAACCCAUGAUCCAUAUUUACUUGGACAAGGAAACGGGAAAGCCCAAAGGCGAUGCUACAGUGUCUUAUGAAGACCCUCCAACCGCCAAAACUGCUGUUGAAUGGUUUGACGGGAAAGACUUCCAAGGGAGCAAACUUAAAGUCUCUCUCGCUCGGAAGAAGCCGCCCAUGAACAGCAUGCGAGGAGGCAUGGCGCCGCGCGAGGGCAGGGGGAUGCCGCCGCCGCUCCGAGGAGGUCCAGGGGGCCCAGGAGGUCCUGGAGGACCCAUGGGGCGCAUGGGAGGCCGCGGAGAAGACAGAGGAGGCUUCCCACCAAGAGGGCCUCGCGGUUCCCGGGGGAACCCGUCUGGAGGAGGAAAUGUCCAGCACCGAGCUGGAGACUGGCAGUGCCCCAACCCCGGCUGUGGAAACCAGAACUUCGCCUGGAGAACAGAGUGCAACCAGUGUAAGGCCCCGAAGCCUGAAGGCUUCCUCCCACCACCUUUCCCACCCCCGGGCGGUGACCGCGGCAGAGGUGGCCCUGGAGGCAUGCGGGGAGGAAGAGGUGGCCUCAUGGACCGCGGUGGUCCCGGUGGAAUGUUCAGAGGCGGCCGUGGUGGAGACAGAGGUGGCUUCCGCGGCGGCCGGGGCAUGGACCGUGGUGGCUUUGGUGGUGGAAGACGAGGUGGCCCUGGGGGGCCCCCUGGACCACUGAUGGAACAGAUGGGAGGACGGCGAGGCGGGCGAGGAGGACCUGGAAAGAUGGAUAAAGGCGAGCACCGUCAGGAGCGCAGAGACCGGCCCUACUAGACGCAGAGACCCGCAGAGCUGCAUUGACUACCAGAUUUAUUUUUUAAACCAGAAAAUGUUUUAAAUUUAUAAUUCCAUAUUUAUAAUGUUGGCCACAACAUUAUGAUUAUUCCUUGUCUGUACUUUAGUAUUUUUCACCAUUUGUGAAGAAACAUUAAAACAAGUUAAAUGGUA